UGACUUUAUAUUCCAAGGUGUAAAUCCACCAUUUCUUCGGUUUUUUCAAAAGUAGUAGUACUCAUACCUGUAACACUAUCGAAAUUCACCACUUUAUCAACAAUUAUCGAAACUAAUUGCUCCUUAUUCAUACGGUUUAGUAAAGCAGUCAGAAAGGUUUUGUUUAUCUCGACUGUCAUUUUGUUUUCGAAUAGCAUCUUGAGCUUCGUGAUUCAUUCGAAAUUUUUGAAUGAAACCCCGAGAAAAGAAAAAAAUAGCAUCAGUUGCAGUUCAGCAUUCCGAAGUUAGAACUCAUUCCAAAGAAUAUGUUGUCAUUUGAAAAUUAUAAAGUUUUGUCUAAAGAUGGAUGAGAAUUACUUACUAUAUCUAUUGAAUUUGAAGAAUGCGGGAAGGGACUGGUCGCCUGGUGGCGCCACCGCCCAGCAGCAGUUGUCAGUCGUGACCACAGUGUGGGAAGUUACAUCGUCGACUCAGUCGGGCCCCCACGGUGUCUUCUCGGGUGGCCCGACACCUGCAGGAAACGCUCCUUACGGAAAUACCCUCAAACAAUCUCAACACACUAGCUACCAACAAGGAUAUCGACAAGCUGGGCCGGGACUUGGUAAUUAUGGUGUCAAUGGUGGCAUGAACGGUGCCGACGGUGGCUACACCGGCGGAAACGCACUUUCAACGGCCGCAAUGGUUGCAGCAGCCACUGCUACUGCUACGGCGACUGCCAGCGUUGUAGCAUUUCAAGAUAACAACCAAUUCAAUAGCCAGCAAUAUCCACAAAGUUACCAACAGAGGAUGAUGCAGAUGGGUGGAAUGAACAAUAUGAACCCCAUGAACAACAUGUCUUCUAUGCCUAUGGGCAGUAUGCAACAUAAUAUGAUGGGAAAUAUGGUAACAAAAAUGGGAAUGCAAAGCCCAGGACCUGGCCCUACCACAAAUUCAAUGUACCCCCGAAGGAUGACCCCUUAUCCAACCCCUGCCAUGAUCAAUCAACAGAGGCAACAGUGCUACCCAAAAAACGGUUGUCCUCCUGCUAUGAAUCCCUCUUUCAAUCAAAAUGGCCAAUAUCCAAAUUAUCCAACACGGCAACCUAGUUUCAAUCAAUAUCCCACCCAGCAGUCUUUAGGGCCUACGAGCAAUUUUGGUCCGGGCAAUAUGGGAAUGGGAAGUAUGGGUCCAGGCUCUAUGGGACCAGGUUCAAUGGGACCUGGAUCAAUGGGACCUAGUUCGAUGGGUCCGAACUCCAUGGGACCAGGUUCAAUGGGACCCAACUCCAUGGGUCCCAACUCCAUGGGACCCAACUCCAUGGGACCCAACUCCAUGGGACCCAACUCCAUGGGACCUAACUCCAUGGGACCCAAUUCUAUGGGUCCUAGUAAUAUGAAUCCUGGAAGCAUGGGACCAGGAAGCAUGGGUAGCAUGGGACCUGCUAGCAUGGCAUCUGUCAGGAAUACUACCUUACGUCAAGCGACUCCACCCUACACUAAUCAGAGUCAAUAUUUCAACGGAUCUAUGAAUCAGUUCCCCUCCAAUAAUUCUGGACAGUAUAUGAAUGGUACUCCUACUGCACAAUAUGGUUCUACAACUCAAUUUCAACAAGACGUUUCCAUGAGAAACAAUAUGAACUAUCAACAUAGUCCAAUUCCUGGAAAUCCCACACCUCCCUUGACGCCUGCGAGCAGCAUGCCACCAUAUAUUAGUCCUAAUCCAGAUGUGAAGCCCACUUUUAAUGACCUCAAACCACCAGUCUCUUCAUUGAAAGAAGAUGAGUUGAGGCUAACAUUCCCCGUCAGGGAUGGUAUCAUUCUGACACCAUUCCGAUUAGAGCACAAUCUUGCAGUAAGCAAUCAUGUUUUUCAACUUAAGCCUACAGUUCAUCAAACACUGAUGUGGCGUUCAGAUUUGGAGUUACAACUUAAAUGUUUCCAUCACGAAGAUAGACUUAUGAACACCAAUUGGCCAGCUUCUGUCCAAGUAUCUGUGAACGCAACACCUCUUAUGAUCGAUCGAGGAGAGCACAAAACGUCGCAUAAACCCCUAUACCUGAAGGAUGUUUGUCAGCCUGGAAGAAACACAGUGCAAAUCACGGUAUCAGCUUGUUGUUGUUCUCAUCUAUUUGUACUUCAACUGGUACAUAGACCCAGUGUGCGAUCUGUUCUACAGGGUUUGCUGAGAAAGAGAUUACUUACAGCGGACCAUUGUACAGCUAAAAUAAAAAGGAACUUCAGCAAUACAAGUUCAGGUGGUCCAAAUAUUGAUAGGGAUAGAGAUUCGAUAGAACAGACCGCUCUGAAAGUGUCGCUGAAAUGUCCUAUCACAUUCAAACGAAUUACAUUACCAGCAAGAGGGCAUGAAUGCAAACACAUUCAAUGUUUCGAUUUAGAAUCUUAUCUUCAACUCAACUGCGAAAGAGGCUCUUGGAGAUGUCCAGUUUGCAACAAACCAGCUCAGCUUGAAGGAUUAGAAGUAGAUCAGUACAUGUGGGGUAUACUGAAUACAUUAAACAAUUCUGAAGUCGAUGAGGUUACAAUUGAUAGUUCUGCCAACUGGAAACCAGCAAAACCUCCUGGAAUAAAGGUUGAAGACGACAAUGACUCCUGUGGAGCCAAGAAACUAAGUAAAGCAAUGUCUCCUGGUAGCAUGACCCUACCCACUACGAACAAUUGGGAUAUGCAAGCUAUGUCUCCAUACCUACCUCCAGACAUGAACACCAUAGCCAGUGGAUCUAUGAUGAAUGGACCACCUUCUUACAACAACAGUAGAAAUAGUCAAUAUGAUUAUAAUUCAACGCCCAAUAGUUCCAACGGUGACUUUUCCAAUGGAGGAGGACCAUUAUCACAUCUCAGUGAAUCUGUAAAUUCCCUUGAUCAGCUUAAUGCCAUGGAAAAGAGUUUGAGCGAUCAGAUGCCACAUACCCCUCAUACCCCACACACGCCACACACUCCCCAUACGCCAGGUGGUACCCCUAGUGCUCAUACUCCUAGUGGUGGUACUGGACCCCCAAGUGUUCCACCCUCUACAGAGAUGCACAACACUAGUACAAGUUCUAACAACAGCACUAACGGAAAUAAUAAUGGCAACUCUGAAAACAGUGUUGCUGAUAUUCCAUCAGAUCUGAAUUUUGACCCUGCUGCAGUUAUUGAUGGCGAAGGAACUGGACAAGAAGCACUGAAUUUGCUUCCUGAAAGUGUGGAUCCUAUGGAGAUAUUGUCUUACUUAGAUCCACCUGAUUUGAAUACACCGCCAUCUAGUGGUAGCAGUUCAGGGCCUGCCAAUACAUCAACAACAAGCGACGACAUACUCGCAUUGUUUGAAUAAGCAAGUUCCUGGGCUCACAAUCACAUUAUUGUGAUGGACAAGUGAGUGAAAAAGUGUGAUAAAAACAUUUUAUUUGCUAAAAGAUGGUCUAAAUCAAAUAAUUUCCUUUGUAUUAUUUGUAAAUAUUUCCCAAACGAAGUCAUGAAUUUUAUUUUGUUGGAAUAUAAGUUCAAAAUAAUUUUUACGGCAGUAUAAAUCUCCAUAUAAAACAGAAAUUUUUGCAAAUUUCUAUACAUGACUAAAUGUAUAUUCAUAAAUUAUAUGCAAGAUGUUUACUCUGCCGGAUUAUUAUUGAUAUAUUCACCAAAGUUAAAUCAACUUUUGAAAUAACUUUCAUGAAAAUUUUUGAUUAAGAUGGUUCAGAGUUAGUGAAUACGAUUGAGGAAAUGUGAACUACUUAACCAAUUGACUCAAGGAGUAGUUAAUUGAAUUACCAUGAAAGCAGAGUGAUACACCUUGUAGUCUGUUUUUAAUUUAUUGUACAAAAAGAAUUUGACUAUAUCUCUAUUUCACUGUGUAACUUAAUUUUUAUGAGCAGAUAAUCUACAAUCAAAACACAAAUUGUCUGUGUUUUUUAUAUAUAUAUUAAACCAAUGGAAUAAAAUUCAUCCCUUACGGCCAGUUUAGACUAGUAUUAUUAAAUAAAUUAUUAUAGUAUAGAACUUGGAACCAAACAAUCUAGUACUUCUAGAAUGACCUCUCGCUGGUCAUUUUGCAUAUUGAUGUGCAUAUGCUUUGAGUAUUAUCUGCUAAAAGAAUUCUGUGAACCUAACUCAACCACCAGCUCAACAUGUGCGCAGAUUUUUGUUGUAAGGUGUUUUAUCAUCAAAACUACACAAUUAUUAUUAUUUUGUUAUGAUACACCAAUACACAAGCAUCCACAUAAUGACUUUAAUUAUUAUUAAAGAACUCUGAGACUGUGAUAAACUUUUAAUUAUAGGUGAUUUUAACAUAUUUAAUGAUGUAUAUUACUAACAGUGGUAUAAGUAGAUUUUGUACAAAUUUACAUGGACUGAUCUCCCAAAAUUUUAAGUUUGUUAGUAUAUAUCUUAAUGGAGAGUUGUUUAGGAUUCACCUUUUCAAACAUUCCUUUUUAUGUUGUCAUAUUUCAUUAUUAUUUUAUGGAUUUUUUGUGGAAAAUGUUACCAAAUAUAUCUGUACGAAUUCUACUUGUCAUCACUCUUUAACAAAAAUAUAUGUUAUGUGGUUGCCUUUUGUGUGUGAUUCAAUUCCUUUAAUAAAAAUCAAUCGAAUUAAUUUCAAUGCUGUGUUUUUAUGAAUCCUCACGUAUUUUUUGUACGUUUGAUGUCCUAUUUAUAUUAUCAUCAACAAGGGUCCAAGUUCCUAGAGGUCUUUUUUUCCUUCAUUGGGGGUUGUAGGUUCACAUGAAUUUUAUAAGUUCUUAUUGCCAAUAAUUCAUUCUAAAUGAUAGACAAAUUAGAUGCCAAUAAGUUUAUUGAAUGUAAAGUAGGAAAGUAGAUAAAUUUUGUACUUGAAUUUAUUUGAGAUUUACAAUUUAAUGUCAAAUCCUUAGGUAUUUUAUUAAUGCUUCCAAAAUAGUAAUCUGAACAUUAUUCACCAUUAUCUUUGGUAUAAAUUCUGCCAAUAAUUUUUUUGCAAACAGGAAGAUAUCUCAUAUAGGAUAUAUUCCUCAAAUUGGACCAAAAUCAUUUUACUACAGCACAUUUUGACCAAAUUUCAACAUAUCAUUUUGAUUUCUUUUGAACAAUGCUAUUAAAAUAUUUGUUUUCUAGACAUCAAACUUGUCAAUUAUUUGCGACUCUACUAAGAAAUUGAUUUAUCAAGAUGAUUAUUGGCACACUUAUUUAUUUCUAAUAAAUGGUUAGAUCUAAAUUAUGCAAGUAGAACUUAUGUGAAAUGACUUUUGCUGAAAAUUGUAAAUAUAAUGUACAUUCGUUUAAUGAAAUAUUAUAUCUAAGUAUAAUUGAA